AUGUCGCCGAAAUCGUCCCUGAUGCGAUCUGGCGGCGGCUCCCUCCGCGCCGUGGCAUUGACUCGUCAGGUCGCGGCCAAGAGGCAGGUCUGCGCGAUUUGCUCCAUGUCCGGCGCCGGCCUGGCCACCACCCCCCGAAGAGCGAGAAACAACGCGCCGAUACGACCGAGCCUGCCCUAUCGACGACAAAGCUCAUCUACGGCGUCUGCUGCGAGCAGCAGUAAUGUGCGCGCGGAGCUCGAGCAGGCGCUGGUGCAGCUGCAGAACCAGUCACCGCGUUUGCUGAACCUCUCCCGGCUGCAGCUCGCCCUGCAGGGACUGCGCCAGACACCCGGCGAGGAGACCGUCCGGGUCGCCAUCCUGGGGCUCGCCAAUGGGUCGAGCCCUGGUUCCACGGCCAAGCGUCUUUUACGAGCGAUUCUGAGCGAUCCGCUUCAGGACCGGCAGGCGUGGGAGACGCGGCUCGACAGCUACGACUUGACGAGGCCCCUGGUCGUCAAGGUCAGCGCUGGCCCACACCUAGACGAAGCCGCCAUCGAUGUGGCCAAGAAAGAUACGAUUCAGCGACUUGACAUUUCGUCGCCAGAUUAUAAUGCGCUAGGUCUCGAGUUCUUGUUAAUGGAUGUCGAGGCGUCUGUCCUUGCCGGACAACAGUCGAUCAAGCAUCUGGAAGACGCCGCGCUGGUGCCGUCCGUGGCCACUCGUUCUGCAGACGGCCGCGUCUCGCAGACGCCUGCCCCCGUUCACCAAGCACUGAUUGUGGCAGACGGCCUCAUGGGUGCGGUUGCUAUGGCAUCGCUGCCAGUGUCUGAGAGUGGUGGAGCCAGUGCCGCUGCCGUUGACAUGAAAGGUCUUGCUGGGGAGGAGCUAUAUGCGCCUUUCAACGUCAUUGACGUGGCCCAAGCCGAAGACGGUAUUCGUCUGUUCCGCGAGGGUCCUCAAAAUGCAAUGCAGUACGAGCGUCUCUGGUUCGCCAGCAAGGUGCCGGCCCUGGCAGCCUGGCUCAAAGCCGGCCUUAGGACGGAGAACGCCGCUACGAAGCCUGCCAUCAAGCAACUACUUGCCUCGCUUCUCGACAGCGCCCAAUCCGCGAUCCAGGCCGAGGAGUCUCUCAUUGUUGCCAAGACGCUCGCCUCCAAGACGCCCCUCGACGACGCCACCGGUCUGCACACGGGCCUCGCCGCGUGGGCGCGCCAAGCCCACAGCGAGCUCCAGGACGAGCUCGACCUCGCGUUUACGGGCCGCCGCUGGCGUAAGCUCGGCUGGUGGAAGCUCUUUUGGCGCGUCGACGACGUGGGCAUGCUCACCAGCGACAUCCUCAGCCAGCGGUUUCUGCCCACGGCGGAGCGCGAGCUAGUAUACCUGGCUGGCCGCAUCGCGGAGCUACGCGGUGAGCCCCCCCGGUACCCGCAGCCUGUCUCUGAGCUCCCAGACUCGCCGGCGGCUGCAGCCAACACAGCGGCAGCUCUGCCCAAGUGGCCCGGCCACAUUUCCUUUACUCGUCGCUACCUGCACGAGACUGUUCCCGCGCUGCAGGCUACCGCCCAGCGUCUGCUGAUGCAGUCCCUCGGUACUUCAUCGCUUGCGGCGACGCUGGCCGGCAUGCUCUACGUGUCGUCGUUCACGUCGGGCUUUUAUGAGGCUGGCGCUGUUGCCGCGCUGGGUAUCGUAUACAGCCUGGGCCGCAUGCAAAAGAAGUGGGAGACGGCCCGCCGGUUCUGGGAGGGCGACGUUCGCGAAGAGGGCCGCAAGGCGGUGCGCGCCGUGGAGGAGAGCGUCUCCCAGGCUCUGGUUGCCCAAGACUCCGUCUCCCCAGCGCAGGCUGAAGAGCUGCAAAAGGCCAAGGGGCUUGUAUCGAGGGCAGAGGAGCUCCUUUCUCGUCUAGAGUGA